CCAGUGUUUGUGUAUAUUGCCGAUAAAUAAAAGUUUAAUGCUGUUUUGAUAAAUAUACGUUUAUAUCUUGGGGCUGCAUAUAUUUUUAUGAAUUUAAUAAUAAAACAGUUCUCGUGAAAGCAUUACAAUGGCGGACGAUGAUGCACCAUCUGAUAGCAGUACUCUAGUUAUUAUAGUGGAUACAAACCCAAAUCAAAGAUAUAUCACAGAGGACCCAAAGAUUCUCACAGGAUGUUUAGACGCAGUAAUUGCCUUUGCUAAUUCACAUUUAAUGCAGAAAUCUAGGAACCAAUUGGCCGUUAUUGGUUGUCAUUUUCAUAAAAGUGAAUACUUAUACCCCUCUCCCGGCAAACCGUUAGAUGUAAGACAAAUUGAUGGACAAUAUGAGCUAUUUACACUUGUUGAAAAAACUAUUAAAAUGAGAUUAGUGAAUUUAAUCAAAAGCCAGCCACAUGAGGAGAAACCCGGUGAAUCCCUACUGGCUGGAGCGCUGGCUAUGGGACUGUGUUUUAUUGCUAGAAUGCGUCGAGAAGCAUCCCCAGGGUUGAGGAUGAGCAGCCGAAUGCUGAUAGUGACAGGAAGCAGCGAUACAGCAGCACAAUACAUUAAUUACAUGAAUGUCUUUUUCACUGCUCAGAAACAGCAAGUACUUAUAGAUGUGUGUUCCCUCGACAAACACCUCAGUCUGCUGCAACAGGGCUGCGAUAUUACUGGAGGACUAUAUCUCAAAGUACCCUCCUUGGAGGGUCUCUUGCAAUACUUAUUGUGGGUGUUCCUGCCAGAAGUAUCGGAACGCAAGCAACUGGUGCUGCCCGGCAGGGGCCGAGUGGACUAUAGGGCCGCUUGCUUCUGCCACCGGGAGUUGCUCACUAUCGGCUAUGUGUGCUCCGUGUGUCUCAGUGUGUUUUGUAAAUUCAGCCCCAUCUGUACGACGUGUCACACGGUGUUCAAAAUUGCUGGUCCGCUUCAGAUCAAACCGAAGAAGAAAAAGAUAAAAUUGUAGUUUGUUAAUUUUUAAAUAAUUAUCAAUAAAUAGUUUAUAUGCAGAAAUAUUGUUUGUUUUCUUUAAAA